AUGGCUCAUUUAAAUGUUGCCUCUCUUCCCAAACAUAUUGAUGAAUUAAGAUUACAAUUAACUAAACAGUCCCUAGAUAUUUUGAGUAUCAAUGAAACAAGAUUAGAUAACACAAUAAACGAUGGUUUAAUACACUUAAAUGGUUAUGACGUUUUACGUAAGGACAGAAAUAGAAUGGGCGGUGGAAUAGCCAUUUACUUUAGAGAUAAUAUAAAUAUUAAAAACCGAAAUGAUCUUGUGCCUGAUUCUCUAGAAGCGUUAUGUGUUGAAGUUCGGAAACCUAAGAGCAAGCCAAUUCUAAUUGUGAGUUGUUAUCGUCCGCCAAAUUCAAAUCAUGAAGUCUUAAAGUUAAAUGAAAAUCUUAUUAAAAAGUUGGAUAAUGAAGAAAAAGAAAUUGUGAUUUUAUUCUAUCAA